AUGUUUGUUUUCACCAGAAAUCAUCUACUUCACGCGGCUAGGCGACGACCACUCCGUGGGUUUGCUACGUCAGCUUCAAUAUCGCAAGUCAUAAACGGCAAAGCCAACCGAGCCAAAACAAAUUAUUUCAGCUCUAAGAACAUCGCAUAUGCUACGGGUGGAACAACUCUAGCUAUCGCUGGGCUGUUGUGGUCUGGACGUGGCGAGGUUGAAGAUGUGGAGGAUCCACGGGAUAAAAUGGCACUUUCAUCGGUUCCAUUGUCCAAGCUUCUCUCGGGUUGGGUUGCUUUUGCGUUUUGCUCCUCGCCGGCUUGGGUCGACAUAAGCGAGUCUCUGUACAACGUAUUAUCGGAAAUUCCUAUUGUCGCCUCAAUCACCAAUGCCGUCGUCAUGGAAACCUUCUUUAAUCAAUUUCUGGGGAUUGAGGCCCUUCGUAAUGAGGAAAUCGGUACCCUUCUCGGCUACAACAUCGAAGCUGAACUUGACGGCUCAAGCAAGCAGACCCAACUUAUCCUUGAACAAACACAACAUGUUCUAUCUUCAAUUGAGGCUCAAGGGGAGUUGGCGCGAAAGUUCUGGCCUGACACCAGCGGUACUGGGGGCGACAGCCGUUGCUGGGUUCGAAUCAAGAUCACGGGUCUGCUUCCCAACCCGAGUGCGCUUUACCAUGGCUCUCAGGCCAUUCUCAAAGCUAGAGAAGAGAAUGGCCUGGAUAAGGAUGUUCCGUAUCCGGGACUGCCUCACGAUGGUGACUGGGAAGCAGCACUCAAAAGUGUAACAGACUCGGACCGGAAAGAGCUGUUGAACCUCCGUGCAGUAUUGGAGAGUAUUGCUACGAAGGCAAGACAGAACAACGUCCGCAUCGUCAUUGAUGCGGAGCAGACUUGGUAUCAACCUGUGAUUGACUCUUUAACCGACGAACUUAUGCAAAAAUACAACUCGCUGGAAGGACCCCCAACUUGUAUAGCCUCUUUCCAGGCUUAUCUCCGCAGAUAUCCCCAGCUUCUCAACCAACAGAUUCAGCGCGCAGAUGAGAAGGGCUACAAGCUGCUCUUCAAACAGGUUAGAGGUGCUUAUAUGGUCACAGAAGCUGCUAGAUGGAAAGAAGAAGGGAGGGAGGGUCCUGGGCCGGUUUGGGAAACCAAAUCAGAAACAGAUGCCUCCUACAACUAUGGGGUUGAGAAGACACUCUCCACCGUAGCUGAGCAGAUACAAAAGACUGGUCAUUCCAGGAUUAGUGUCGUGUUUGCCACUCACAACUCCAUCAGCAUUGACCGCGGGAUCGAGCUGUUAGAGAAAUAUGGGAUGGCCAAGCGCCAGGGCGAUACAAACAAGCUUGUGGUAUCCAGUGAGACCGCUGGUAGUAUUGCCUUUGCGCAGCUUUACGGUAUGAAAGAUGACUUGACCAACAAGAUUACCGGGUCUUUGAUGGCUGAGGGGGAUUUCCACUAG